GAGUUACAUAACCGGCACGUCCUCAGUAGAAACAUAACGCGACUGCAGUCCGAUUCCAGCAGCAUGAGUUUGUCCAGCGACUGGAAGCCUUUCAGGGAAAGGCGGACCAUGUCGCUCGCCGAAGAGAGCCGACCACUCCUCGGCACCGCCCCCAGAAGUCUCUGGAGGACCCUUAGUCAGGAUUCGCCCUAUUUUAUCGCAAUCGCAGACAGACCGAUAAUGGAAACAGGGAACUCAAAGGGGGAAGCGCAAUGGACGGAGGCGGCCCGUCAGAGCAGCGUUGUGACGAUAUUUGCGGUAUGGAAUACGAUGAUGGGCACCUCGUUGCUGGCGAUGCCUUGGGGGAUCGAAAGAGCAGGGCUUCUCAUGGGUCCUCUGCUGACCAUCUUCGUCGGAGCCUUAUGCCUCUACACAGCCUACUGCAAUCUCAGAGCUCACAGACAAUUUGGCACAGCUUCAGGAGAUGUUUCUGAGCUGACCAGAACGCUAUUGGGCCCAGUGAGCGAAAUAAUCGCAAAGACGUUUUCCCUGAUUGUCCUUAUGGGUGCUAACAUCGUCUACUGGAUUCUGAUGACCAACUUUCUUUUUCACUCCAUCAACUAUCUCAAUGAUAUGAUGUUAGACUUGUCAGUGGAAAGCCAUACAAACAACAGCUCUUCUUCCCUGUCUGGAGUUUUCUGCCCGUUGAAAAACCCAGUGGAGAAUGUCACCGUGCAGAGCACCAACUUAUUCCAACAGAUAUGGAACAUCGAGAUGACGGUACCAAUCUUCCUGGCUGUCCUUAUCUUCCCACUUCUCAACUUCAAAAGUCCCACUUUCUUCACAAAAUUCAACUCUUUAGGAACGAUGUCUGUGAUGUACCUCAUCCUCUUCGUUCUCGUCAAAUCUGGAAUGUGGGGUGUCAACCUUUCCUUGGACCCAAAGAGCUUCCACUUCAGCCCGCUCAUCGUGUCGAGCUUUCCAGCCACUUCAGGAAUGCUCGCACUUUCAUUUUUCAUCCAUAACAUCAUCAUAACAAUAAUGAGGAGUAAUGCUGAACAAAAGAAUAAUGGAAGAGACCUUACCAUUGCAUACGGCCUAGUCACGAUGACUUAUCUGUUAAUUGGAGCUGUUUUUUACAUAGCAUUUCCAUUGGAAAAAUCCUGUAUAAGAGAUAACUUCCUCAACAAUUUUGCAAGUUGGGACCUAAUGACUGUGAUAGCUCGGGUCUUCCUACUGUUUCAAUUAGUGACAGUUUUCCCACUUAUUUCUUUCAUGCUGAGGUCGCAGACAAUGGUGGCUAUAACCGGGAAUCCUUUCCCGAGUCGGCUUUACGUCUUAAUAUUUAAUAUUGCGAUCGUAGCAAUCUGUAUAAUCUUCGCCAUCUUCCUACCGAAGAUAGGCACCAUCAUAAGAUUUACUGGCGCAUUAAGUGGUCUCGUACAUGUAUUCACAAUACCUUGCAUGCUGCGAUUGGCAUCGCUUUACAAAAAUGACAAGAUCUCUAUAGGAUCCUGGAUCCUUUACCUGAGCAUUCCCAUUUUUGGAGGUGUGAAUCUACUGGGGCAAUUCUUUGUCACCGACUAAUUUCUUUUUAAGUUCAAUUUUAAAUCUAAAAUAAUGUAAAUAUCAUAGCUGAUAUUUUUCUACAAUCUUUUUUUAGUAUUUUAGUUGAUUUAUACU